GUCCCCGGUUCUAUCCCCGGGUUGGACAUUUUUCCGUCAAAAAUUUUUGCGCAUAUAUCUGCAAGCUGUUUGCAGANNNNCCUAUGGAGGCAUUCCAAUUCCCAAUGCAGAUGAUCCAAA